UAACAUCCGAUCUAUUGCACUAAAAAUUGACGAACUAGAGUGCGUGGUUAAUCAGAAUGAUUCAGACAUAGUAUGUAUUACAGAAACGUGGUUUUCUGACGAGAUACCUGAUAAUGCAGUUGCAAUGCAUGGUUGUGAAAAACGCGGCGGAGGUGUAGCAAUAUUUGUUAAGUCCAAUAUUCAAUGUAAAAGACUAUCAGUUCCUGAAAUUCCUGAGUCCGUGACUGAAGUUUUAUGGUUACAAAUGAGGCCCUGUCGACUUCCGAGGGCAGUGUCAUCCAUUCUGAUUGCAGUUGUUUACCACCCACCACAUGCGUCGGCUGAUGAUAAUUACAAGGUUUAUAACCAUAUUCAAGGUGUUAUUGACUCGCAUUUGGCUUGUCAUCCAGACAGUCUAAUUUGCAUCGUGGGCGAUUUUAAUCCCAAUUCAACCAAUAUAUCUUCCAGCCGCUUUCGUCAGUUAUGCGGCCUGGCGCAGAUUGUAGAUUCAGGCAUCCUUGAUUGGUGUUUAACAAAUAAACCUAAAAUUAUGUCUGUACCCGAGAAAUUACCUAAGAUUGGCGGCUCCAGCGACCAUUACUGCUUUGUUGUCAGGCAGAAAUUGCCUCGAGCAAAACCACCGCCCAAAGAGACUAUCUUUAGACGAGACACCCGUGAUAGUCGAAUUCGAGAAUUUGGCCAGUGGAUAACCUCGUUUUCAUGGCAAGAGGUGAUCUCGAAAGGUUCGUGUCAAGAUAAAUUUGAAUGUUUCCAUCGUACUCUUUUAGGAGCUGUUGAAAAAUAUUUACCUAUGAAGGCAGUACGUAAAUGCCGCUCCGACAAGCCUUGGAUGACAAGCAAGAUAAAAUCAUUGAUUAGGAAAAGGCAAACAUGUAUGGCAAACUAUGGGAAGGAGUCCUCUUCCUUCAAAUUUUGGAGAAAUAAAGUUGCUCAAUCCAUCAAAGAAUGUAAGGAAUCGUAUUAUAAGUCUAAAGUUAGAAACCUAAAAGUCACGGACGCAAGCAAAUGGUGGAGAGAGGUUAAAAAUUUUUCUGGUAUGGCUGACAGAAAUAACCAAUGGUUUGAGCACCUCAUUGAUGGUGAAACUGUAGAUUCCGUUAAUACGUUAUGCGAAAGAAUCAAUCAUUUCUUUGUAAAUCUCACAAAAGAUUUUACGACUCUCUCACAGGACGAUGUUUCUAACUAUUCUGCUGGUGAUUCUGGUAUUGCGGAUGAUCUCUUGGCUUCAACUGGCGAAGUUUAUUCUUUAAAGACAGGGAAAGCCCCGGGACCGGAUGGAAUCCCGAAUGUAAUUCUAAAAACGUUUGCCUUUGAGUUAGCGCCAGUAAUCGCUGAUAUUUAUAACUCAUCCUUACGUGAUGCCUAUUUGCCUCCUCUAUUAAAGAGAGCAUCUGUUACACCUCUUCCCAAACAAUCUCCACCGGGCUCCAUUGAAAAUGGUAUCAGACCCAUCUCACUCACUUGCGAAAUUGCUAAAGUGAUGGAAGGUCUCACCUUAGCGAGAAUCCUGCCAUCCAUUAUAAGUCACUUGGAUAACAAACAAUUUGCUAUGGCUGGAAAAUCUACGCAACAGGUUAUAGCAUAUAUUCUCCAUCUAGCCCUCGAGGCCCUUGACAAGGGUGGUUGCACCCUCCGAUUUUUCUUUGCUGAUUUCCGCAAGGGAUUCGAUCUGAUUGACCACAAGAUUCUACUUGAUAAACUAUCUAAACUUGGCACUCAUAACGUUGUGUUAGGAUGGAUCGCUGCCUUUUUAUAUAAAAGGUCUCAGUUCGUUCGUAUUGGGUCGGAUGCAUUUACACUUCAAUAUAUCAAUGGUGGUAUUCCACAAGGUACUAAGCUUGGCCCGAUCCUCUUUGCCGUAGUGGUGAAUGAACUGUUGUCUGCGUGGGGCCCCCGUGCUAAGUUCGUUGAUGAUCUUACCGCUUUGGAAAUUGUACCUAGAAAUUCCCCUUCCUUGAUGAAUCAUAUCGUGGCAGAUAUACACUCGUUUGCUGAAGUGAACAAUAUGAAGCUGAAUCCUGCCAAUUGUAAAGAUAUGAUUGUUAACUUUCUUCAUUUCAAUACUAGUGUUUUGCAGCCUACCAUCAUUGGUGCAAUACGCGUGGAAUCUGUUUCAUCAUUUAAACUGCUCGGAGUGUAUGUUACCAGUGAUUUAACAUGGUCUGUGCAUUGUGAAUACAUUAUUAAGAAAUCCAAUAGGCGUUUAUAUGCGUUGAGGAAGCUUAAGAGGAGUGGGGUAGCCCCAACAGACAUCCUAUUUGUUUAUUGUGCAAUUAUAAGAUCAGUAUUGGAAUACGCUUCUGUCGUUUUCGCCAACCUUCCUCAAAAUCUUAGCGACGAUCUUGAAAGGGUCCAGAAACGAGCACUGGCCAUAAUAUACCCUAACUGUUCCUAUGAUGAUGCCCUAAAACUAGCUGGUAUCGAACCGCUUGUCUUACGGAGGGACGCCGCCUGUAAGAGAUUUGUGGAGACAAUCCUACCUGGAAACCCACUCUAUCCAAUUGUUCAUAGCCGUUCAGCACCAGUGAACCAUGGUUAUAAACUUAGAUCUGACAAUGUUGCGAGGAAUAUCAGGAUGCGAACAGACCGGUUUCAGAAAUUCGUUACCAUUAAGUAUGCGACCUAA